GGAGCCGAGGACAGUUCCUGUAGAUGGAGCUGUAGAUGUGUGUGUGUGUGAGAGGGAGAGAGACUGAGUGAGUCGGUGGACACCUGAGCGGAUUGCGAGAAGGCGCAGCGGCGUGAGUCAGCGCAGUACCUGAGCUGCGGGAGGGGAGAGAGAUACAGGGGGGAGAGGAGACGAGACGACCAGGCGCCUCUCAUCACCAUGGGCUUCAGCGAGGCGCAGUUUGGCCGCUGAAGCGAAGCCCGGAGCCCGGAGCCCACACCCACACACCCACCCAGCGACCCAUUUUCGCCCACACUGCGGAUGGCCACAUUUGCUUUCUGCUAUGGUCGAUGUGGAUGAAAUGAGGAAAUCCUUCCUCGUCCCGGAGAUCAAACCCUUGGAUCACUACGACUUCCACAGGGCGAAGAUUGCCGGCAGCUUGUCGUGGCUGUUGGGCCGCUCGUAUGGGCCAGAGAAUGUUCCGGAGGAGUUGCGGGAGCCGUUCUACACGGACCAGUACGAGCAGGAGCACAUCAAGCCACCGGUCAUCGGUCUGCUGCUGUCUUCGGACAUCUACUGCCGAGUGUGUGGCCACACACUGUCCCCAGGAGAGCAGGCUCCGCCGGCCGACAAUGCCGCUGUCCUGCAGGUCCUGUCUCACCGCGGCAUCCAGGUGAAGGACCAGGACAUCCUGGUGACCGAGGCUGACCUGCGGCAGAAGCCCAUCAAAAUGGGUGCCCACCUGUCUGUUAUCGAUGCCCUCAUGACUGCCUACAUGUUGGAAACGCUGAGUGGAACAGCAGUGGCCACAGCCACGGAGGAGAUUGCAAACCUGAGCCCAUCGAAGCAAGUGGCAGACGGGGCUGAGUUCAGGCUGCUUCUCUGGGUAGACAAGAUAAACCAGAAGCUAAAGGAGGUUUCUGAGCGCUUGCACCAACUGAGGCAGCAGCCGGGAGCGGAUAGUCCAAACAACCAAGGGUGCCCCACCAAGUGGUAUUGGAAGCUAGUCCCUCAUGCCAUCGCUUUUUGUUUGAAGGAGUCUGAGAAAAAGCCUCCUAUGAUUCGUUACAGGAAGGAUAAAGUGUUGAGCAAGCAGACUCCCUGCUUCCCCUCGGUGUCACAGCUGAAGGAUCUGGCCAAUGGUUGUGCUGUGGCAGCCCUGAUCCACCACUACUGCCCAGAGGUGCUUCGGCUGCAAGAUAUCUGUCUGAAGGAGACCAUGUCGGUGGCAGACAGCCUCUACAACCUGCAGCUGGUUGUGGACUUCACCCAGGAGUAUCUGGGGAAUUGCUGCCACCUGGGGCUGGAGGAUAUGCUCUACACACCGCCCCUCCUAAAGAUCAACAUCUUGGUGUUUGUGGCUGAGCUCUUCUGGUGGUUUGAGAUACUGAAGCCCGGGUUUGUACGCCCGAGAGAUGGUCCUAAUCUAGAAGAUCUACCGGGAAGUGGACCUAACACACCCACUGGUGCCGAGUGCAGCAGCCAUUUUCCUGCCUUCCUCCUCAAGCAGCCCUUCCUGCCUGCUGUGCAGCAAACAUCCCCAGGACAACCCAGCUCAGGACCACUGCAUCACUCCACCUCAAUGUCACAAGUCGACUCCUUUGGGAAGGCCUGGACCAUGAAACAGCUUAAGAGCAGACCGCUCUCUCAGGCCAUCUCCUUCAGCAUUCCCUUCGGGCUGGACAGCGAUGUGGACGUUGUCAUGGGCAACCCCAUUGGAUUAAUGAGGUCCGUCAGCUCCGACAGUCUGACCGCCAAUGUCUACCGAUCGCACGGUGGUCUACCGGGAGCUCCCUACGGCUGCGGCCAGGAGCCGGUCAAGGAUGAUGUCCUGGACAACGAGAACGGGAUGGUCAUGUCUCCAAUGGUAGCGAGGAAAGGCCCACCAGUGGCCAAGGACCAUCCGGGGAUCCAGGGGCCACUUGAAAACGGGGUGUCAGAUGACCACAUGGAACUGCCCACCAUUGAAGAGGCGUUGAAGAUCAUUCAUAACGCAGAUAAACUGGAGCCCAGGCUUCGACCCGAGGGGGCACCUGAUGGAUUCUUCCUUCAUGGGCCCAACGUAGCUGAAGGAUUUCCCAAACCCAAUGACACCAGGUUUGACCAGGAGGGUUCCUGCAGGUCCUCCAACUCGGGAAAGGAUUCGGGAAUCCCAGCAUCAGGCGGUUGCCAGGCCAACAGUGGAGACCUCCCGUCAGAAGACGGGGUCUGUUCCCGGGACGAUGACUCGGUCCUGAGAGACAACAGUCUGGACUCUGACGUGGAGGACUCUUCCAGGCCGGCCCUGGAGAAGGAUGGGACCAGCAAAGACGAGUGUACGUCGUGUCUCAGCUCGCUCAGCUCGCAGGCGGAGAGUGUGGGCUCCUCGGGGUCUGGUGUGAAGAUGACCAGCUUUGCGGAGAGGAAGAUGAGGAAGGUCAGUCCGGCAGAGGGCAAGUCCACUGUCUCGCAGAAGACCACUCCGGACAGCGUGGACCUGAAUGACCAGGCGAUGGCCAGCUGGGUCCAGAAGUCAGACGAGAGUCCGAGUCGGAACCAGGCUCUGGCCACUGAGAUGACCCAGCUGGGCAUCCGUCUGGAGGAGAAACGGCGGGCCAUCGAAGCGCAGAAGAAGAGGAUUGAAGCCAUCUUCGCCAAGCACCGGCAGAGGCUGGGGAAGAGCGCCUUCCUGCAGCUGAAGAAGAGAGAGGAGGGUGUCGAGGCUCCGGAGAGCAGCGUCGCGGCCGAGAGUGGAGAGAGGAAGUUGUCGCUGGAGGAGAGGUUGUCGAAGAUCGAGGAUGAGGAGGAAGUGGACGGUCCACCUACUCCGGCCACCAGAACCUCGGAGAGCCCGAGCAAGAACCCAGAGGUCAAACAGCUGAAGUUGAAGGUCGUGGACCCACCACGGGAGCCUGAGACAGAGUCGGACAUUGGGGAAUACAACAACGCAGUGGCCAAGCUGAACUCAGCCUUGUCCUCUCUUCAGAUGGACAUGCAGAGGUUGCAGCAGCAACAGGACACCCUAAUGGACACAAAGAACUCCCAUGCUUGGGUCAUCCCCAUUCCCAAGUCCUCCGGUCAGCGAGCGCCCCGUGACUUCCAGCCCCCCCGUUCUGCCGAUUUCCCCACCCCUUCGCCCUCGCCAUCCCGCAAGCCCGCCUCCACUGCCACCCGCUCCCCUCAGGCAACACAGAAGAAGACCCACCCUACCCCUCCAAAGAGUCCGCGCCACUCCAGACCCGUGGAGCUGAAGAUCCCGCACUUGACCCGUGUCCUCACCCCACCCCAGAACGUGGACUCGCUGCCCCACCUCCGCAAAUUCUCCCCCAGCCAAGUGACCGUCCAGACCAAGUCUUCCAUCUGCUUCGGAAAUGUCCAGGAGCCUGAUAUUGACGCCAGGUCAAAGGUGAGGCCGGUUGGCCCAGUUGCAAAGGUCAACAGCCUAGCCAACGACAUGGAGAAUGUGGGCAACCUCAGGCCGGUCGGGCCAAUUGUACCUCAAAAGGCCAGCGAGCAAGUGGACAACCCUUCCUCUGCCAAACGGACUAGUUUAAUCGAGAUACCACUGUCUUCCUUGAAGGGGCUGGAAGAUGGUGACGAUGAACUAGAGGGAACUGAAGACUCUAUACUCGACCAAGUGGACUCUGAACACAAGUCUGUAGGCUUCUUCUUCAAGGAUGAAGCAAAAGCUGAAGAGGAGAUGGCUUUGAAGAGAGCCGCUCUGAUGGAGAAGCAGCAGAAACGCACAGAGGAGUUCAGGAAGAGGCGACUGUGGUUGGAUGCGGAGAAAGAGCAGACCAGGCACCCGGUGGAAGAGGAACGACCAGAGAAAAACUUCAUCAAACAGGAGUACCUGCGGCGGCAGCAGCUGAAGGUGAUGGAUGACCUGGGCAAGGUCCUGAGGGCAAAGUCUUCCGCAAACCAAGGGAGGAAGCCCCGUCCCAAAUCCUCUGUCUUUCGGGACGACUCUGUGCUGACCCGCAGUCCGGUCAAGGGGCUUCUAGGCUCCAGACUGAACAAAGUCUACUCACGCUCCACACUCUCCCUCUCCACCAUGGUCAAUGACUCCACCAACAGUCUGUCUGUCAGGAAAAGCCCAAGGCAUUCCCCCACGGGGCUCCAGUCUCCGAACCGACUGGGGAACCACAAUGGGGAGAAGGACUGGGAGAAUGCAUCGACAGCCUCCUCACCUGCCUCCAUCCCAGAGUAUACAGGUCCAAAACUCUACAAGGAACCCAGUGCCAAGUCGAAUAAGUACAUAAUACAGAACGCGAUCACACGCUGCUGCCUGGCUGGCAAGGUGAAUGAGCCACAGAAGAAUAAGAUAUUGGAGGAGAUCGACAAAAGCAAAUCGAAUCACUACCUGAUCUUGUUUCGGGACAACAGUUGCCAGUUCCGUGCUGUGUACACCUUUCCCCCAGAGUCGGAGGAUAUGCAUCGCGUGGCUGGUGUUGGACCCAGGGUCAUCACUAAAAACAUGAUCGAGUCCAUCUUCAAGUACAACUCGGACCGGAAGCAAUUCACCCAGAUCCCCAGCAAGACCCUCUCUGCUGGCGUUGAUGCAGUCACCAUCCAAGGCCACUUGUGGCAGACCAAGAGGCCGGUUACACCCAAGAAGCCGUCCAAAUGAUGGACUCUUCUUCCUCCCCAUCCCUCCUCAUCUCUGUACAGACGGACAAGUCAAAUCCUUGAGGUCCCAACUUGCCAUCUCGUUUCUUCUUCCCCUCCCCUCACCCACUUUUCUACUGGUUCUCACGGAUUGUUGAGGUGUUGUCCUCUCACAUUUCUGCAUGCAGUUCCCAUUCACCGCCAAUGUUGAAGCAAGCGGGGCGAUGCCUGUGUCCCGUGGACUAAGGGGGGGGCUACAGGCCUGAUGUCACACCUGGAGAUAUCAUCCCAAAGGAUUCACACAUGAGUGGAGGUGGGAGCACUAGACAAUACUGUCCAAAACUAUAAGCACUAAAGAUUUGGUAACAAGGUCAAAAUGUUUUUUUAAAACAAACUAGAUGUAUAAUUUUGUUUUUGAAGCUUGAUUCCUGAUGAUUACUACUGAUGACCGAAAUAUUGUCUGUAAAUAUAUUAGAGCUAUUUAAAUGAUUUAGCUGUUUGUAUAGAUGAAAUAUUUAAGUUUCUGUUUCUUGGAAAGAAUGGUCGGGUGUUGAAAAUAAGUUUGCAAGUUACUGUACAUAACUUGUUCCAGUAUUUGGUGUAUAAAACAACGUGCUGUUGAGGUUCUAUAUUCCAAGUGGUCGAUGGAACCUACCUACCUGCCUGCCUGCUUUGUCGGAAGAAUGAAUAAUUGUCUUUACUCGCUAACUUGAUAAGCUGUAUGUUCUCAGACCUAAACUAUCUCAAGAGGCAAUGGUGAAUGUCAGGGUGGCCCCCUGGUUAAAGUUGCAGCUCAGUUGUGGAAGCAAUGUUGUUGCCUUUCUCCAGCAUGGUCCAGGGCAUGGUAUGAAAGUUAAAAUGGCUGGAUUGAGUUUCCAGAAGGCAGACAAGAAUCUUAGAUCCUCAGUGUGCAUUGAGUUAGCAUUAAACAUGCGGUCCUGAGCUGUUGAAACACGUUCAAGUGGAGGCCAUGGUGUUCAAUCCUAGCAAGCUGCCCUUCAGAAGGGUCUUCUUCUGAUUCUUUAAUGCCCCUGUCCCACUUAGGAAACCUGAACGGAAACCUCUGGAGACUUUGCGCCCCACCCAAGGUUUCCAUGCGGUUCCCGGAGGUUGCAGGUGGUUGCAGGUGGUGGUUGCAGGUAGGGAGACUGACAAAAACCUCCGGGAACCGCACGGAAACCUUGGGUGGGGCACAAAUUCGCCAGAGGUUUCCCAAGUGGGACAGGGGCAUAAGGAUGUCUUCAGGAUGGAUGUUGGUUGCUCAGAUGUUAGCUAUGCUGUCGGAGAAAGGAUCUUCUGGUUGGCCUGCCAAUGUUACAAUGUAGUCUUUCCCAAUGGAAUGACUAAGUUCACAUCCAGGCCUACUUUGUUCAGGAGUUACAGAUGAUUCCAGGUAUCUAUGCCAACGUUGUCUUGGCACCACUUGGAAAUCCUGGAUCUGAUGAGUAUUCCAUGCAAAACGCUCAGGUUUGCAUCGGGUUAGAAAGGAGUCUGCCUACGGUUUAAUUAAUGAUGGAUGUUCUGUCUUGUUUUUCAGUACAUAAAUAUAGAAAACCCACAUCUCCAAUUUUUUUAAUGUUAUUUAUUUCUUUAGAAUUCUGUCAAAGUUGUUUUUCUUCCCUGUGGAUAUGUGUAUAAAUUGCAGAGUUAGGAAAUGUGCAGCAGUUUCUCUCUGUCCACCAUGACAUGAGCAGGGAUCUGAGCUGCCUUGGUCAUUACAACAUCACAGCACUUUGCUCGUGUGUUUGCAAGCAAACUUGUUUGGGACUUUUUAUAUCCCUUGUCUCCCCCACCUUCCCUCCCUCCCCACCAAAGAAAAAAAUAAUUUGUGCUCUUUUAUUUUUGCAGCAUUUUGCCAAAACUUGUCAACUCCAGUGUCCAGCAGAAGAUUAGUUGAAAGGUCCACUUUUUGGUGUAGUUGGUGACCUGGUCUUGGUGUUGUCUUCCUGUAUGCUGACUGCAUUAGCUUUCAGCAAAGGCCUGGUUACUGGUCAGGUGAAUCCUGGCUGCAUUCAGUGCUCUUGUCUGUCAUUAUGGAGAGCUGCCUUGUGGAGACAUCAUGGAUUGACUGGGUGGUUUGGUGUAUCAGAUGAAGGGGACUGAGGUUUGCUGGAUCAAUGAGAGGGGCUAGAGUUUGUACACUUAUGUUGAUGAGAAUCAUGAAUUCCUGAACUAAUCAUGCACUUUUAUUUUAUUUAAAGUUUCUAUUUUGGCAACAAUUUCCUUAAAAAGGUGAACUGGACUCUGUAGGAAUUGCAUUGUGAACAAUUAGCUUUUAGUUCUGUGUUGAAUUUUUUUUUUUUCACAUCUCCAACCAAAUAUUUGAAUCUUGGUAACAUUCCAUCAGAUGGAAGGUUUGUAUUUUUUGUUAAAAUAAAGUCCUACCUGAUUGUUAAUUUUACGCCGUGCACAGUUCUGCUCAGGGUAGCAGUGAAGUGAAUUGUGGACCAGUUGGGCGACUGAUGUAUCUGAGUUUUGAACAAAAGUCAGAGGCUGCUGGUAAUCUUGCCCCCUUCAUCACUGCCUAAACAUAACCCGCUAAAGGGUUAGAAUAGUUAGUUGGCCGAGUGUGUGUUACAGGACAGGAGUAGAGCUGAGGGGUCUAAACAAACAUGAGAACGUUUGCACUGUGGAAUCUUGACGUCAUCGGUCUGAAGAAGGGUCUCAACCCGAAACGUCACCCAUUCCUUCUCUCCAGAGAUGCUGCCUGUCCCGCUGAGUUACUGCAGCAUUUCUUGUCUGUCUUCAAUGUAGACCAGCAUCUGCAGUUCCUUCCUACUAAACACACGCCAUCAGUACAGAUUAGUGAAUGCAUCCUUUUUGUUUUGUCCACUGCCAUUGUACUUUCACUGUGGAUUCCGUAUUCGCUGGUUACUAUGAUCAGGAUGCCUGCCCCAGAGACAAGCAGCUGUAAGCAUAGAGGGUGGAUUGCUGCAGGAUCCAUGGAUUUAUGGUGAUGGAUCAGGGCAGAUUAGGUUGAUGGAGUGCCUCAUAGGUUGAUUCUCUGUCGAUUUUGCAGAUGAGAAAGUAGAUGUUUACCCAGGAUUAGCUGGCAGGGCCUGCUUUAUUUUCCACAGAUUUCCUGUAAACGAUGUAAACCACCAGGCAGAUUCUGUGCUGGAAAUAGUAAGGUGAGAACUGGUCCCUUUGGGAACACACACACAGUGAACGAUGCACAAAUAAGCCUGGGCUGAAAGUUGGACCUUUAACAUUUAUUGGGUAUUGAGCCAAACCAAGUUUUAAAAGGUACAUGGCGUGUGGAUGGUACCACACACAAGAUGUGGGCUCUGCCAUACAUGUCCACAGCUGUGGGACUUGGGAUCUGUAUUACUAGAAGGAAUAACAUGACAAAAAUAUCUUGAAUUUAAUAAACAAUUUACAUAAAUGCA